AUGGCCGGUUCCACUCCAGCCCCCACCACAGCUUCCACCACCGCUCCCUCCUCCCCCACUACCGCCGCUGCCACCUCCACCGCUCCCGGUACCACCGCCGCCCCCACCACCACCUCCACCCCCACGACCACCCCCACCACCUCCACCUCCCCCGCCGCCUCCACCACCGCCCCCUCCACCGCCACCUCCACCACCCCUGCCGCCCCUGCCCCUGGCGCUGCGGCGCUUCCCACUAGGAGCGGAAGCAGCCCCGACCUCCUCAGCACCAAGGAAGUCGACGGCAGCAGCAACAGAGGCAUAGGAGUGGGCAAGAGGGGAGGGGGAGCACCCCUCAAAGAGGGGAGUGCGAGGAGUGCCACGAGCAGCACCUACAGCGAGAAUAGAGCAGGCCGGGAGAAGCUGCGCGCGGGGUUGCAGUGGCGGCGCACGGGGCAGCAAAGGCUGCUGGGCAGCCGCAGAGGCGGCGCACGAGCGGUUAAGGCGGCGCGCGGGGCAGCAGCGGGCAGCACGGCUGCCGGGGCGGCGCGCGGGGCAGCAGCGGGCAGCGCGAGGGCUGCUGAGGCGGCGCGCGGGGCAGCAGCGGGCAGCGCGAGGGCUGCCGGGUAG